AUGGAUAAACUAGAAGAACCAGUUGAUCUGAAUGAGAUGAUACAUAUCUUAUUCGAUGAUUAUGAUUCAAAUUCACCAAAUGAUAUAGAACCCGUGAGGUAUCCUGAACUAAUAUUACAAGAAUCAAACAAGGGUAAUAAACUUUAUUCAUGUUUUCAAAGUUAUAAUAGACAAUUUAUAAAUGAUUCUAAUGCUACAACAAGUACUAAACAAGGUGAUAUUGUGCGAUGGAAUGGAUCAUCAAUGGAAAUGUCAAUGGGUAUUAUUCUAGAUAAUUGGUUAAAUCAAAGUUCGACGGGACAACAGGGUUCUAAAUCGUCGUCUACGAAACUGAAAAAGAGUAUAUCUCGAGCAAAUGCGUUAUUUACAUGGGCUUCAACUGAUGAAUAUAUCGAAGAAAGAAAAAAGGAACUACGUCGACUACGCAAGAUUAAUAAUCUUGAAGACAAAGAAGACAAACCAGUCGAACCCGAAGAAGAAGAAGAAGUUAAAGUUAUGAGUGAAGAAGAUAUUAGAAAACAAGAAUUGACAGACAAUUUACAUAUAACAUUCCCUAAAUCAUCCAUUAAUAAUAAACUUAACAGACUUAUAGAAAUUGAGUCCAAUAAAUUUGUUCAUUUACGUAUUCAAAGAAUUAAAGCACAUUAUAGCGAACAAAUGGCUAAACAAAUAAAUGAAAGAAAGCGGAAAGAUCAAGAAUUACAUUUGAAGAAAUUAAAAUUAAAAGAAGAAGAAUACGAAAGGGACAUGAUGUUGCAGAAUCAAAUGAAAUCAUCCAGUGCAGGUGGAUUCUUGGGUACUUUGUUUGGGUUUGGAAGUUCGACUCAGAGUGGUGCUUCUAAUGCAAGUGUUGAGAAUUUCAAUAAUAGAUCAUCUAAUGAAAGUAAUAGAACUAUUGAUUCUGCUACUUUUUCCACAAUAUCAUCGUCCAAAAAUAAAAGAUUCCCAUUAUUCGCAGUACAGUCAUUAUUUGGAGGUUCAUCCAAAAAAAAUUCAAGUAAGGUUGUAUUGUUUGAUCAAGAUGAUUCAGCUAAAGGUACAGAAAGUGAUGAUAAUCACAGCUUGAGAGGUUCACUGAUUCAAGAAGCAAACGAGAAUACAGGCGAAAUUCCCAAUGAAGAAACCACAUGCAACAAUAAUACUCCUAAGGUGUCAAUAGAUGAUCAACAAACAAUCAGUCCACUUCCAGACAAGUCAAUUGAGACACCACGAGAAUCAAUACAACAGGAAACGUUUUUUUCCAUUGAUCAAUUAGAGAAGCAUAUGUCAAAAUCUCCAGAAGAGGCUCCACAUAACAAUAUUCAGAAUGGAUUACCACAUCACAUGCCGCUGCAAAUUGCCUCUACAGACAAUAAUGAUGAUGAGGGUGGUGGUGAUGACGAUGAUGAUGAAUUUGAUGAUUUUACUUCUGCCCAACCUAUACAUGAACCUGAAAUUACAAUUUUUCAAGAUCCGCCUAAAUUGAGUCGUAAUUUCUUCUCCAUCGAUAAAGCUCAUGGUUCAUCAGAAACCAAUCAAAAUCACAAUGAUUUACUUGAUGUAUUUAGUAAUAAUGAUACAUCUAGUAAACCCACAAGUCCCGUGUCAAAUGAAGCUAACUUGUUAGAUUUAUAG